CGGGAGCUGGCGAUCGGCAAUUGGGACUGCCGACGCUUGUUGAUCGGGGGCCUCCAGUGCCGUGGGUGUUGCAUUCUCAGCGUGGCGAUGUUCAGUACAGAGUCCUAUCAAAACAGUUAGCAACCACCCCAAGUUCCUGAAAUAGUGACAGACUCAAACCGACACAUACACUUGGCGAACCUCCAUUGUCCUCAGUCAAUCAUAAUGCCAUCCAGCUGAACAGGUCCCAGAAUCUUGGUAGGAUUAGCAACAGGCCACUAUCUGGAAUGCUUGGAUCCCAUCUCACCUUGGACUUUUGUUGGGAAUGUACACCCUAUGAUCCGAGACACAUCAGCUAUUGAUCGGUUCCAGCAGCUAUAUCUUCGCCAGAAUCCCGCUGGUCCUUCCUGCACUGAACAAUUGCCAUGCGACAAGUGUGAUGUGUUGGGCUCGGCAUGCACCAAAGGCAGAUUCAAUAACGGGAAUAAGGCCUCCAAGAAACUCCAACUUGAAGUUGGUGGUAAUUUGGUGAGGGCUUUCCUUCGCCAUGAGUGGCUCCUCGCCGGCCCGGGAGCUGUUGCCGCUCUUCAGGGUCUAUUCUGCCUUGCCGUCAGCACUGGUGCCUCAACAUACACCUUCAUACCUAGCAUAAAGUACGAUCAAAGUGGAGAUGUCAUCCAGCCCAGCCAAGUCCCCUCUUUGAAUCCAAAGACGGAGGUUACCAGUGAGCUGGCUGUUGCCACCAAUAUGGGACGAUAA